AUUUGAUAUUGAUGUUACAACUGAAGGAGCAGAAGCUGUAACAAUUGAAGAUACAGAAGGAACAAUAGGUGUAAUAGCUGAAAAGACAGCAGACAUGAUAAUAAAGAGUGGAAUUUUAUAA